CUCUGAAGUUGGUUGCAAUCUCCAAGAAGAAGAAUGAAAACAAGGGAAACUGUCCUGAAGCUUCUGGGCAUUCAUAAAUUUCUACCUUGUCUUCGCACGUCUAUAAUAUAAAGAAAAUGACUGACGCUAUUUGUUGGGAGCCAGAUUGCAUCCAGCCGGACUUAUUAAUGCCUACAGACAAAACCUCUGGAAGAGGAGAUUCCUCCAACACCUUCUUCAUGGAGACCGGUUUUGGAAAUCUCGUCCCUCGGUCUGUCUGUGUGAACCUUGAGUCCACCAUCAUUGAUGAUGAAGAGAUGCUGAUGGUUAAAGAAGAAGCCCCAAAAUACCAAAAACCUAAUGUGGAGCUGCAUGGCACAAAGACCUACCACAUAAAGGAGGAAGAGGAGAGAGUCUGGAUCAGUCAGGGGGAAGAGCUGCGAAAUGUGAAGGAGGAGACAGAAAGUGCCAUAAAGAGUGAGAAUGAUGAACAAUCCCCUCUGCUCUCACAGUUUUAUCAAGGCCAAAUUAAAGACAGAGAACUUCCAGAAGAAAACAAUGGUGGAGAUUUCAUCAAGACAGAAGAUUAUAAAGAUGAUUCCAACUUCUUCGCAUCUGAAGACACCAAGAAGGAGGAAGAGGACGAUGAUGUAGAGCUGAAACACUUGUCAGACUCUGGACUGAAAACCAAAGGCAUGGCCAGAGCUCCUGAGUCAGAUGGAGAACUUGUUAGGAAACCAAAUUCAGAAAUGGCGUCUCCAGGGUUGCUGGAUAUUAAGACAUGUUUUACAAAGAACAAAAUUGGUGACUCACAAAGGAAGAUAAAAACUGGACAGAAGUUUACCUGUGAAGACUGUGGCAAAACAUUUAUUAGAAAACAUCAUUUAAAGACACACAUGAGAAUCCACACAGGACAGAAACCUUUCAGUUGUGAUCUUU